AUGAAGACUUCAUUAAGGAAGACAACUGACCGGGGGUCCAGAGCUGAUGCAGGUAUCACUGGUGUAUCUGCUAGCAUAAUGAAGAAAAGGACGACUCACGCAAAACAUCGGAGCAGUGUGGGACCCAGCCCACUUGUUUCUCAGCUGGAACAGAGCAUCAUAGGCUGCAGGAUUCGCCAUGGGUGGAAAGAAGGUAACAGCCCUGUCACCCAUUGGAAAGGAAUCAUUCUGGACCAAGUGCCUGUAAAUCCUUCUUUGUAUCUUAUAAAAUACGAUGGAUUUGACUGUGUCUAUGGACUAGAACUUAAUAAAGAUGAAAGAAUUUCUGCACUUGAAGUCCUCCCUGAUAGAGUUGCAACAUCUCAAACCUGUGAUGCACACCUAGCAGACAUGAUGAGUAGCAAAGCAGUGAAGCACCUGUUUGAAACGGAGGAUGGCUCUAAAGAUGAGUGGAGGGGAAUGACCCUAGCACGUGUCCCUGUAAUGAACACGGGUUUUUACAUCACCUAUGAAAAAGAUCCUGUCUUGUAUAUGUACCAGCUCUUAGAUGAUUAUAAAGAAGGUGACCUUCGCAUUAUGCCUUAUUCUAUUGAUUCACUUCCAGUACAAAGGGCACGAGGAGAAGUGGUAGACUUCUUGGUGGGCAAACGAGUGGAGUGUGCCAGACAAGAAGGCUCUGGAAGGAAGGGCAUGAUCAUCCAUCAAUUAAAGGUCAAACCAUCUAUCUGCUUCAUCAAAUUUGAUGAUGAUUUCUACAUAUACGUCUACGAUUUGGUGAAAGCAUUCUAG